GCUCCGUUAUGCGAGCAGUGAAACUUAGAGUCUGUUAAUAAUCGGAAUCGUUUGCAUCGUCCGCACCGAAUCUAUAAUUCAUUACAAGCUCAUAGUAUAAUAGCCAAGCGGAACGAGUUAUUCGCGUGGAAAAAUAUACGGUUCUUAUACGUUUAAAAAUAGAAAUCCCGAAGCACACACAGACACGCAAGAGUAAGAUAAAAAAACCUUCGAUGAAUGAAGUAUAGCUAUACGAUAGCGAGCCGAGUCAUAGUAAUGACAGGACGAAAAGGGUCGAUAAUUGGUGCCUAAAAAUAAAAUUCCUAUAAAAACAGGAGAGGAGAGAAAGAGAGAACGCCUCGCGUUUUACGACCGUCACUCCUCGCGUCAGCUCUCCCCGCUGCGCAGAGCACACAGAUAAUACUCAACACAACGUUGCGCACGCACGCAGAUUACAUUCUCUCUCCUCGUCAGUUGCUCUUGGAUAUACGUUUUGUGUGAUCGCGCUCUCGUCCGUUCGUGCUUGUAUAGUGGCGUCGUCGCGGGGUCCCCCCGCCGUGUCAAAAGAGUGCGUGUGUCCGUGGAAAGUGCUUGACGAGUAGAGCAUACGUGUGCGAAAUUGCCGCGGGUGUUGUUUUGUACGUGGAUAAAGGAUCUCGCUGAAUACUCCUCGCCAUAAAUGCACGUGCUGGAGACAAGUGCAUCAGGAGCAGUAGCCGCGGCGCCCGAGUAGUCGUGAGCAAUACGCACGCAAGGCAGCGAAAGGGACGACGACGGAGCGAGGGAAAGAACGAGAGAGUGAGAGAGAUUGGUAAUAGCCCAACGAGCCAGGCGUAACAUGGGUGUUGGUCUGAAGCCGCUCGAGUUCACGGAUUGCCUCACGGAUAGCCCCUACUUCCGCGAGAAUCUCCACUAUCACGAGCGUGAGCUCGACAAGACCAGCCAGCAGAUCAAGCGGCUCAUCAAGGAGGUCAAGGAUCUGCUAUCCGCUGCCAAAAAUCUCUCUCGAGCUCAGAGGGCAUUUUCAAAGACAUUACAGAACUUCAGCUUCGAAUGUAUUGGUGAAACACAAACUGAAGAUGAAUUACACAUAUCUCAAAGUCUGAAGGAAUUUGGUAAACUCAUAGCAUUGAUCGAAGACGAGCGUGAUCGCAUGCUGGCAAGAGCAUACGAUCAAAUCAUACUGCCCCUAGAAAAAUUUAGAAAAACACAUAUAGGUGGAGUUAAGGAGGGCAAGAAAAAGUUCGAAAAGCAGACAGUAAAGUUUUGCCAAAGUCAAGAACGUUAUCUCAAUCUUUCUACUAAAAAGCAAGACAAUGUUCUUCAAGAAGCGGAUGCGACAUUGGAAAUGGCCGAAAGGCAUUUCUGUCAAGCAAGUUUAGAAUACGUCUUUUUAUUACAAGAAGUUCAAGAACGUAAGAAGUUUGAAUUUGUAGAAACGUUACUAAGUUUUAUGUUUGGUUGGCUUACUUUUUAUCAUCAAGGACACGAGGUCGCCAAAGAUUUUAAACCAUAUAUGACUGAACUACAGCUCAAAAUUCAAAAGACUCGAGAGAAUUUCGAUGCCACGCGGGAUAAGACAGAAUCGCUUAUGAAUAAAAUGAAGGACAUGAAGAAGUCGGCAAUAGAAAGUGGCCCUAAUAAACUUUACAGUAGAGAAGGGUAUUUGUUCCUGAUGGAAAAGAAGGCUUUUGGAACUACAUGGACGAAACAAUAUUGCACAUAUCAAAAAGACAAAAAGGAAUUCACAAUGAUACCGUAUAAUCAGCUCACAGGCAAAUUUAGCAGUAAAGACACUUUUACUCUGGCCUCUUGCGUACGGCGUAUGUCCGAAUCAAUAGAAAAACGAUUUUGUUUUGAUAUUACCGCUAUCGGAAGGCCUGGUAUAGUAUAUACAUUUCAAGCAUUAUCCGAAAACGAUAGGAAAGCGUGGAUGGACGCGAUGGACGGUCGAGAACCUGUUCUUGCUUUGCAACAAGGUCCACUGGUGAAGCAACCCGACGAGAAUGUUAUAGACUCGACUGGUCUAUUAUUCAUAUCCAAAUGCAUCAAAGUAUUAGAGGAUAGAGGUUUAGAGGAGCAGGGACUUUAUCGAGUGGUCGGCGUAGCUUCUAAAGUGAACAAAUUACUCGCGAUGGGCCUCGACCGCAGGAAAUUGGAGAAGCUUGCGCUGGAAAAUCGAUACGAGUGGGAGAGUAAAACAAUCACUAGUGCUCUAAAAACUUAUUUAAGGACUCUUUCCGAGCCUCUCAUGACAUUUCGGUACUACGAUAGUUUUAUUUCUGCAGCAAAACAAGAACUAAAGGAACUAAGGGUCAAAGACAUACACACAUUAGUGUAUCGCCUACCUAAACCAAACCACAAUGUUCUUCUACUACUCAUUAAUCAUCUUCGCAAAGUGGCGCUAAAAUGUGAUAAGAACUUAAUGACAGUGGGUAACCUGGCGGUAUGCUUCGGACCCACGUUACUACGGCCGGAAGAAGAAACGGUGGCCUCGAUAAUGGACAUCAAAUUUUACAAUAUAGUCGUAGAGAUAUUAAUCGAGAAUUGUGAACGUAUAACCGCGGGUCCGCCAGUUGAUUUGCCAACCUCGCCUAUGGGUUCGGGUCUUGCUUUGAGUAGUAGUACUUCGCCAGAUAAAGAUGAGCAAACUUCACCUGUUCUACAACAACCACAGCAACAAACGUCACCGGUGCAGCAGCCUCAACCACAGCCAAGCAAUGGGGCGCUACAUUUACCAUGCUAUUCGGUGCACACCGUUGUACCAGCUACGGUGCAGGAAAUUUCGCGAUCCUAUUAUGAUAGCCCAUUAUCAGUAAGUUCGAAGACGCCGUUGAUAGACGCAGAUCAGAAAAAUGGUGAGGAUUACCAGGAGAUCGAGCACCCUAGUCAUCGAUUGCCUAACUACGCUGACAGUCAUAUUGCCCGAUUGAAAAAUCGCAAUGCCAACUUCAUGUAUCAUUCGACUGAAAGAGUUUCAGGAAGUGGAAACACGAGUAGUUCAAGCGAAUCGAUAGCAAGUGAUCCGCCACCAUAUCUUAGCACUGGAGUUGUGCCCGUUAAGCAAAAACGGGACUCAAUGCUGGUCAACGCACAUUUUAAUUACCCACCUAGAAAUAAUCCAAUAAUGUCUUUAGUUAAUACUUCACCAAGUAGUGGUAGAUCCAGCCCUGGUUCAGGGAUUUGGAGAGUAAGGACACUGUACGCUUGUAUGGCCGAAAGUGUUGGUGAACUGUCAUUUGAACCUAAUCAGAUCAUAACUAAUGUUCAACCAUCGAGUGAACCAGGGUGGUUAGUAGGUACUUUAAAUGGUAAAACGGGGCUGAUACCGAAGAAUUACGUGGAACAAUUACCGUAAUAAAAGAAGUCGGUCAUCUAACGAAAAAUAGCAAAGAAAACGAGUGUGAUGAUACUUCUGCUGACCAUGCGGCCAUCAGUAUUCCCUCUUUACACAUUCCAGCAAAGUGCACAUUCCGCAUUUACCAAUUUAUAGCACUUAGUGUGCAAAUUUUUUAUACCAACACAUAUACACAGACAUAAGAUUCACACGCGCGAAAGCUUCGACUCUCGGCUCUAUCUUAAACAUUUUUUGACAUUAGCCAAGAAGCAUGAAAGUAAGAAAAAAAGAAUACGUAUUCUCGUUAGUAUCUAGCCGUAUUUUUUUCUAUUAAACGAAGGGAAUCGCCGUCAAGAUUCCUCCACAAUCAACAAUUUUGAAUGCUUUUGCAAUAGUAUGUAUACAUUAUAGUGUAAAAAAACACAAAGUUGUCGACAAAUUAUCAGCGACGACUAUCUAUCGAACAAUUUGUUAUUAGUCGGAAAAAACGGAGAGGUCUUUUACACAAGAAAGUUUAUAAUCGUAUCCCAUUUUUAAGGGGAAGUUAGUCAAUUAUGCAUAUUAUUUAUAAAUACUAUAUAUAAAA